AUGGAUCAACAAGUUCUAUUGCCCAAACUAAACAACCCAAGAUUGAAAGAAGUCGGAAAACAGAGGAAUUUAUGUCAUAAACGACUUACUAUAACCAACGAUAAACUGAAGAAAAUACAUCUGAAACUCGACCAUUGCUUACAACGCGAAUCGGAGGUUGAAAAUUACUCUUACUGGAAACGUUCUAUGACCUAUAAAAAAUCUUUACUCGAACAUAAAGGACUACAAGUGUGUUUAAAUAGGCGACGGACAAAAUCACUAAUGUCGCCUACAUUUCAGAAUGGUGUCUACAACGGAAUGAAAAUCGAUGACAUGAAAUUGGAUGUUCGUAAUGUGAUAAUGGAAAAUCAUCCAAGAACGAAACGAUUACGCGAAGUAGAAAAUACUAAAAAGUUAUGGAAGCUAAACGGCAAUAUAGUAGAUUAUAACAAAUCGCUGCAAACUCUUGACGCCAUCAUGAAGCGUCAGAGGAACGUGCUACCUGCAAUUAUUGUGCAGAAAGCACCUUCUCCACCAGUUGGAAAUAAUAAUAUUUCAAGUGUUCAUGAUAAACCACAGCAUCUUCUGGUCCUUCCACCAAUUAAUUCAACCCGAUCCUUAGUUCGAUGA